AUGCUUAGGCUUGGCGGCCAUGUUGUUGAUGCUGCUGUGGCUGCUGUGUUAUGUGUUGGUGUUUUUUUUCAGGCUUCGAGUGGCAUAGGAGGUGGCUAUUUCAUGGUUGUGAAAUCGUCUUCUAGCUCUAAUGCUCAAGCUUUUGACAUGCGAGAAACUGCUCCUAUUGCUGCCUCACAGAACAUGUAUCAGGGAAAUCUCAAAGCAAAGGUCUUAGGUGCCUUGUCAAUGGGAGUUCCUGGUGAGUUAGCUGGCCUUCAUGCAGCAUGGUUGAAAUACGGAAGAUUGCCAUGGAAGACCUUAUUCCAACCAGCUAUAGAACUUGCGAAAAAUGGUUUCGUAGUGUCUCCUACUCUCAGCAAUUACAUAGCUACAUCUGAAAAUAAGAUAAUGAGUGAUCCCGGGUUAAGAAAUAUAUACGCACCUAAUGGAAUUUUGUUAAAAGGAGGUGAAAUAUGUAGAAACGUGGAACUUGGACAAACUUUAGAGAUAGUGGCAGAGGAAGGGAUACAAACUUUCUACAAUGGAACCAUUGGUGAGAAGUUAGUAAAGGAUGUUAGAGAAGUUGGUGGCAUUUUAACAAUGGAGGAUUUAUGA